AACUCACUCCCUCCAUCUCCGCACUCUUGCUCUCACUCUUCUCUCCAUCCCCAAAUUCCCCACCAAACCACAAUCUCCAACUCGGCAAUGCCUUCUCCCCCUCCGCCUCCCCGCGCCGUCCUCCUACUCCUGCUGCUGCUCCUCCCGCGCAAUGCCGCCGCCGCCGGUGCCGGAGCCGCUGCCGGCGCGUCAUCGGCGGUGAACCCGUUCACGGCGAAGGCGGCCUUCAUCCGCUACUGGAACCGCAAGGUGCCCAACAACCGCCCGCACCCCGCCUUCUUCGUCGCCAAGCUCUCCCCGCUCCCGGCCGCCGACACCGCCUCCUUCCCCUCCGCGCUGCCCGACAUCCGCGCCCGCCUCCGCGCGCUCUGCUCCAGGGCGGGGCUCCUCUGCCCCGGCCCGGCCGACGCGUCGCUCGCCGCGGCCGCGGGCCCGUUCACGGGCUACAGCAACGCCAACUUCUCCAACUACGGCACCGGCGGCGGCGCGGGGGCCGACUCGUUCCGGAACUACUCCCCUGACCUCAACAUCGCCGCCGAUUCCUUCCGCCGCUACGGGCGCGACUCGUCCGGCCGCGCCGACCGCUUCGAGUCCUACGAGACCGACGGCAACCUCGUCACCGCCAACUUUACGUCCUACGCCGGCGCCGCCACGGGCGGCUCGGGCUCCUUCGCAGCCUACGCCGCCGGGACCAACUCCCCGGACUCCACCUUCACCAACUACGACGCCGCCGCCAACGGCCGCGGCCGCGGCUUCGCGUCCUACUCCCAGGAGGCCAACCACGGGGAGAACGGCUUCUCCGGCUACGGCAAGGGCGGCAACGGCGUGCGGGAGACAUUCGCGUCCUACGGCAACGAGUCCAACGUCCUGGCGUCCGCCUUCGCCAACUACGGCGAGGCCGCCAACGGCGCCACGAACACCUUCACAAGCUACGGCGUCGAGGGAAACGUCCCCGAGAACACGUUCCGGAGCUACGGCGCCGGCGCCAAUGCAGGCGUCGACACCUUCAAGAAGUACCGCGACGACGCCAAUGUCGGCGACGACAGGUUCUCCUCCUACGCCAAGGGCGCCAACGGCGGCGCCGCCGAGUUCCAGAGCUACGGGAACUCGGCCAACCCGGGCAGCACCACCUUCAGGGGAUACGGCGAGGGCACCAACGCCAACCAUCGCAUUGGCUUCAAGGAGUACGCCGGCGAGAACAACACCUUCAAGGGCUACGCCGAGAACGGCGUCGGCUUCAAGGAGUACCACAACGCCUCCAGCUCCGCGGCGGCGCCGACCGUGUCCGCGGAGGCGGCGACGUCGAUGCAUCGCCAGCACCUCAGGUGGUCGCCGGAGCCCGGGAAGUUCUUCAGGGAGCGGGAGCUCGUGGCCGGGAACCGAAUGCCAAUGCCGGACAUCAGGGACAAGAUGCCGCCCCGAGCGUUCCUGCCCAGGGAGAUCGCCGCCAGGAUACCAUUCGAGCCCGACGCUGUCUCGGAGGCGUUCGGGGUGCCCCUCGACACGGCGAUGGGGAAAGCCGUGGCGUCCACGGUGGCCGAGUGCCGGCGCGCGCCCAGCAAGGGCGAGACGAAGCGGUGCGCGACCUCGGCCGAGGACGUCGUGGACUUCGCCGUGGAGAUGCUGGGCGACGACGUCGUGGUGCGCGGCACGGCCUCCACGGCUGGCGGCGGCGGGGACGUCCGGCUCGGCGCCGUCACGGGCGUGGACGGCGGCAGGGUGACCCGGUCCGUGUCGUGCCACCAGAGCCUGUUCCCGUACCUGGUGUACUACUGCCACUCGGUGCCCGAGGUGCGGGUGUACGAGGCCGACAUCACCACGGCCGACGGCUCCCGCGAGAAGAUCAACCGCGGCGUUGCCAUCUGCCACCUCGACACGUCGGACUGGAGCCCCGCGCACGGCGCGUUCGUCGCGCUCGGCGGGAAGCCCGGCGAGGUCGAGGUGUGCCACUGGAUCUUUGAGGGCGACAUGACGUGGACGGUCGCGGAUUGACGUGCCUGUGAAUAAGCCUCUGUAAAAAUACCCACUGCUUUCUUUAGUUCGGUCUCCCCAAAGGAUGAGGUGGCUGUCAAGAAUUCAAGGGGAAUACUUACUGUAAAUCCGCGUCCGGGGGACAAGAACUGGGGGUUUCAUGUAUGAGCCUGACAUACGUAUCAAUGAAGAACUCAUGGAGACAUUGACGUUUGAUGAAAAAAUUAAGCUGGGCGUAAAGCAGCCCUACAUGAAUCUUUUAGCUUGAUCCUAAUACUCAAUAGCAGCCUGUUUUCUAUAGUGCUUCAUAAUUAUUUGUUUGUGGUAACUAUUUGCUCGCAAUGAUUUUCUGCUGUACUUUUCAGUCAAAAUCUGUCUCACAUUCUCGUGGGCAGUUAAUUGUAAAACGGAAGUUGUGGUCUAUACUCCGGAGCGAUUGGUGUUUAUUGUCUGCUUAGAUAUAUCAAGUCAGGGUUAAAUCUAGUCAAAUUCCUUUGGCUUUAGUUUGCCGAGGAAAUGGAUUCAUUUAGAUCAUGUCUUCUGGCAUUUGAGAAUGGAAGCUUUUCACAACA